CAAAGAGUAUGGCCCGGCCUUUACAUCACUUCCGCCUUAUCUCUUUCAGUCUCUUCCCUGCUUACCUGUGGUACUUUCAUCUACACGUGGGAGCAGAGUCAACUGCAUCCAAAGAACCUUGGCCUCUUGUGGCCUCUGCUCUUCCCCAGUAGGUGCUUUCACUGCGCAAGGGAAUGGCUCCUGUGCUCCUGACAACCAUGCCUGGAAAGGAAUCAGUGACAUUCCAGGAUGUGGCUGUGGAAUUCACCCAGGAGGAGUGGGCACAUUUGAACCUGUCUCAGAAAAAGUUGUACAGGGAUGUGAUGAUGGAGAACUAUAGCAACCUGGUCUCUUUGGGAUUUGCAGUUUCCAAACCAGAUGUGAUCUCCCUAAUGGAAAGAAAGGAAGCCUUCUGGAUGCCAGAGACAGAUAUCCCAAGAAGCAGCUUCCCAGAGAGCAAAGAAUUCAGUGGACAAAAACCUUACAAAUAUGAUGAAUGUGGGAAGGCUUUCAGACUGGGCACACAACUUGUUCAGCAUCAAAGAAUUUAUACUGCAGAGAUUCCUUAUAAAUGUAAGGAAUGUGGGAAGGGCUUCUGUUACAUAUCACAGUUUAUUGAACAUCAAAGAAUUCAUACUGGAGAAAAACCUUAUGAAUGUAGUGAAUGUAGAAAGGCCUUCAGACAGAGGAUACAACUUACUCAUCAUCAGAGAAUUCAUACUGGAGAGAAGCCUUAUAAAUGUGAUGUAUGUGGAAAGGCCUUCAGAGUGAAGAAACAAUUUAUUCAGCAUCAGAGAAUACAUACUGGAGAAAAGCCUUAUAAAUGUAAUCAUUGUGGUGAGGCCUUCAGAUUGUGGGAACUGCUUACUCAGCAUCAGAAAACUCAUAAUGGAGAAAAACCAUUUGUAUGUAAUGAGUGUGGGAAAGGCUUCUUUUGGAAUUCAGAUUUCAUGCAACAUCAGAGGAUUCAUACUGGAGAGAAACCUUUUGAAUGUAACAAAUGUGGGAAGGCCUUUAGACUGAAGACACAACUUACUCAGCAUCAGAGAAUUCAUACUGGAGAGAAGCCUUAUAAAUGUGAUGAAUGUGGAAAAGCCUUCAGAGUAGGGACACAAUUUAUUCAGCAUCAACGAAUACAUACUGGAGAGAAGCCUUAUGAAUGUAAUGAAUGUGAAAAAGCUUUCAGACUAAGGGAACAAUUAAUUCUGCAUAAGAAAAUUCAUCCUGGAGAAAAACCAUUUGUAUGUAAUGAAUGUGGGAAGGGCUUCUUUUGGAAUUCAGAUUUCAUGCGACAUCAGAGUAUUCAUACUGGAGAGAAACCUUAUGAAUGUAAUGAAUGUGGGAAGACCUUCAGAUUGAAGACACACCUUACUCGGCAUCAGAGAAUUCAUACUGGAGAGAAGCCUUAUAAAUGUGAUGAAUGUGGGAAGACCUUCAGUAGCAAUCCAUCACUAAAUGCACACAAGAAAAUUCAUAUUGGAAAGAUGCCUUAUGAAUGUAAAGAGUGUGGGAAGGCCUUCCACUACAAGUCAGAUCAUAAUCAACAUCAGAAAAUUCAUACUGGAGAGAAACCUUUUAAAUGUAAUGAAUGUGGAAAAGCCUUCCGCCUUGCCAUACAACUUACUCGACAUAAAAUAAUUCAUACUGGAGAGAAACCUUAUGAAUGUAACGAAUGCGGGAAUGCAUUCAGACAGAAAAUACAGCUUACUGUGCAUCAAAGAAUUCAUACUGGAGAGAAACCUUAUAAAUGUAAUGAAUGUGGGAUGGCCUUCAGAAUAGGAAAACAAUUUAUUCAACACCAGAGAAUACAUACUGGAGAAAAACCCUAUGAAUGUAAUCAUUGUGGGGAGACUUUCAGACUGAGGGAGCAGCUUACUCGUCAUCAGAAAAUUCACCCUGGAGAAAAACCAUUUGUAUGUAAUGAAUGUGGGAAAGGCUUUUUUUGGAAUUCAGAUUUAAUGAGACAUCAGAGUAUCCAUACUGGAGAGAAACCUUAUGAAUGUAAUGAAUGUGGAAAGGCCUUCAGACUGAAGACAGAGCUUCCUCGGCAUCAGAGAAUUCAUACUGGAGAAAAGCCAUAUAAAUGUGAUGAAUGUGGGAAGAACUUCAGUAGCAAACCAUCACUUAAUGCACACAAGAAAAUUCAUACUGGAAAGAUGGCUUAUGAAUGUAAAGAGUGUGGGAAGACCUUCCACUAUAACUCAGAACUUAAUCGACAUCAAAGAAUUCAUACUGGAGAGAAACCUUAUAAAUGUGAUGAAUGUGGAAAAGCCUUUCGCCUUACUGUACAAUUUACUCGACAUAAAAGAAUUCAUACUGGAGAGAAACCUUAUGAAUGUAAUGAAUGUGGGAAGGCCUUUCGACAGAGAAUAAAACUUACCAUACAUCAGAAAAUUCAUACUGGAGAGAAGCCUUAUAAAUGUAAUGAAUGUGGGAUGGCCUUCAGAUUGUGGAGACAAUGUAUUCAACACCAGAGUGUACAUACUAGAGAGAAGCCUUAUGAAUCUAAUCAUUGUGGGGAGACAUUCAGACCAAGUGAACAGAUUACUCAGCAUCAGAAAAUUCAUUAUGGAGAAAAACCAUUUGUAUGUAAUGAAUGUGGGAAGUCCUUUAGUCUGGAGAAACAAUAUAUGCGACAUCAGGGAAUACAUACUGGGGAGAAGCCUUAUGAAUGUAAUUAUUGUGGCAAAGCUUUCAGACUAAGGCAUCACCUUACUCAACAUCAGAGAAUUCAUACUAGAGAAAAACCAUUUGUUUGUAAGGAAUGUGGGAAAGGCUUCUUUUGGAAUUCAGAUUUCAUGCGACAUCAGAGAAUUCAUACUGGAGAAAAACCUUAUAAAUGUAAUGAAUGUGGAAAGGCUUUCAAAAGGAAGACAGAGCUUCCUCGCCAUCAGAGUAUUCAUACUGGAGAGAAGCCUUACGAAUGUAAUGAAUGUGGGAAGGCUUUCAGACUGAGGUCACAGCUUACUCAGCACCAGAAAAUUCAUUCUGGAGAAAAACCUCUUAAAUAUAAUGUAUAUUGAAAGAUCUUCUGCAUGAAAUCAGAAGUUAUUCUGCAUCAGAGGAUUCAUAUGAGAGAAAACUUAAGAAUGUAAUAAAUGUGGGAAGGCCUUCAAGAGUAAGACCCAAUUUAUUGUACAUCAGAGAAUUCCUACUAGAGGUUUUCCUUAUGAAUAUAAGUUGUGUGGGAAUGCCUUCCACUAUAACUCAGAACUUAUUCAAUGUCAAAUAAUCCUUACCAGAAAGAAAAGUUUUGAAUGUAACAUAUUUGAGAAAGCCUUCUACCUGAACUCAGAACUUACUUGACAUCUGGGAGUUCAUAAUGCUGAGAUAUAUGAUGGUGAGAAUGUGUGUAGUGAGACACAGAACUUACUUGACAUUAGAAAAUUCUUAGGGGCAGCUAGGUGGUGCAGUGGAUAAAGCAUUAGCCCUGGAUUCAGGAGGAC